AAAAAUAAAUAGAAUUAGAGGUCUAAAGAGUAGAAGACGAAUAGGCGUGGGAAUUAUAAGUAAACAUGAAAUUAAGGCUUUAUUGCGACGAUUCGAAAAAGGAGGAGAGACCAUAAAACUCAUAGCACUUUAUGAAAUUCGUGAAAGUGAUGGAGAUGGAGGUACAAAGCUUCUUAUAUACGGCCAUUUUCAUUUGUGAGAAUUAGUUAGGGUUUGGGAGUUUGAAGAAAUGGGAAGGAAGAAAGUGGAAAUAAAGCGAAUUGAAGAUAAGAGCAGUAGGCAAGCAACUUUCUCCAAACGAAGAAAUGGACUCAUGAAGAAAGCCAAACAGCUCUCUAUUCUCUGCGAUGUUGAUGUCGCCGUCCUCGUCUUCUCCAGCCGUGGACGCCUCUUUGAAUUCUCCAGUACCAACAGUCUGACAGGAGUUAUUCACCGAUAUAACACCCACAUGAAAGCAGAAGAUAAGGUCUCUGCAGAAGUCGAUGACACAGAGGAAUCUAAAUAUGCAAGUUUCAUGAGAAUGGAAGAACUGCUACAGACGGUAGAAAAGCAACUCAAGGAGCCUGAUGUUGAUGAUCUCAGCAUUACUGAUCUUGUCCAUUUGGAAAACCAAGUCGAGACUGCUCUGACACAAACCAGAUUUAGAAAGACACACUUGUUGAUUGAAUCAAUUAAGAAUCUUCAUGACAAGGAAAAGCAGCUGAUAGAGGAAAACAAAGUUCUGGAGGAUGAGAUAGGUACCAUAAAGAACAGAGAAGAAAAUGAGAUGGCAAUGAAUUUAAAUAACAUUGCACCAACCCAUAUGGAUUGUGGACAACAGAGGGUGACCCUGAAUUUUCUCUAGAGUCUAAACACACUGAAGGCAUCACAUAUCAGAUAGAAGCUCAAGAUAUAAAUAACAGCCUUCCCAAAAUAUAGCAGAGCAGCCACUCCUCUUGCCGUGGGAUAUGUCCUGCCGAGGUUAUAUCUGCUGCAUCUAACUAGGGUGUGCUACUAUGUAGUCUUCUCUUGUAUGUUGUCUUGGUAUGGUUGAAACACUGAAAAACUGUAUAAGGAUAAAUAAAGAGAUGCUGCUGCAGCGUCUCGAUAACUUGUAUGUAAUGCAAUGACUAUGUAAAUUAGAGGUUAUAUCAAAAGUAAGGGUGACAAUUAGUCCAUAAAAUUA